AUGACAAAUUUCACAGAUGUGACAGAGUUCAUUCUUCUUGGGCUGACCCAUCGUCAGGAGCUGCAGGUUCUCUUUUUUGUGGUGUUCCUAGUAGUUUACAUCAUCACUCUGUUAGGGAAUGUUGGUAUGAUCAUUUUGAUCAGCAUCAGUCCACAGCUUCAGAGCCCUAUGUACUUUUUCCUGAGUCAUUUGUCUUUUGUGGAUGUGUGGUUCUCCUCCAAUGUUACCCCCAAAAUGCUGGAAAACUUAUUAUCAGAGAAAAAAACCAUUUCUUAUGUGGGGUGUUUGGUGCAGUGCUACUUUUUCAUUGCCCUUGUCCACGUGGAGGUCUAUAUCUUGGCAGUGAUGGCCUUUGAUCGCUACAUGGCCAUCUGCAACCCUUUGCUUUAUGGCAGUAAAAUGUCCAGGAGGGUGUGUAUUCAGCUCAUCUCCGUGCCUUAUACCUAUGGAUUCUCUGUCAGUCUGGUGUGCACACUAUGGACUUAUGGCUUGUACUUCUGUGGAAACUUUGAAAUCAACCACUUCUACUGUGCAGAUCCUCCUCUCAUCAAAAUUGCCUGUGGGGGAAAGCACGUCAAAGAAUAUACCAUGAUUGUCAUUGCUGGAAUUAACUUCACUUACUCCCUCUCAGUGGUGUGCAUCUCCUACACCCUCAUUGUAGUAGCUGUGCUACACAUGCACUCUGCUGAUGGGCAGAGGAAGGCAUUCUCCACAUGCGGGUCCCACUUGACAGCUGUUUCCAUGUUUUAUGGGACCCUCAUAUUUAUGUAUCUCAGGCGACCCACUGAGGAAUCUGUGGAGCAGGGGAAAAUGGUGGCUGUGUUUUACACCACAGUGAUCCCUAUGCUGAAUCCCAUGAUCUACAGUCUGAGAAACAGGGAUGUGAAAGAGGCUGUCAACAAAGCAAUCAUCAAGGCAAACUUGAGGCAGUAA